AUGGAGAUGAUCAAUCAUACAGUAGUCACUGAGUUUAUUCUUCUGGGAUUUUCCAAUGACCCUGGGAUGCAAAUCUUACAUGGUACCCUAUUCUUGGUGGCUUACUUGGCAGCCCUGACAGGAAAUGGGCUCAUCAUUUUUUUAAUUACGUGUGAUCCUCGGUUUCACACCCCCAUGUACUUCUUUCUGAAGAAUCUGUCAUUUGUAGACCUAUGUUACAUCUCUGUCACUGUUCCUAAAUUUGUUCUAAACUCUCUGAUGCACAGGAACUCCAUAUCCUUCCUUGGGUGUGUUUUGCAGGUGUUUUGUUUCGUCCUUUUCGCCUGCACUGAAUUAGCCAUGUUGACCGUGAUGUCUUAUGACCGUUAUGUAGCUAUCUGUAAACCAUUACAUUAUGAGGUCAUCAUGAGUCGACGGGCUUGUGAACAUAUGGUGGUGGCUUCAUAUAUCAGUGGGGUGAUCUCUGGGGCAAUGCACACUGCAGCAACAUUCUCCAUGACGAUAAAUUCUAAUAGAAUCCAUCAGUUUUUCUGUGACAUUCCAAAAAUUUUGAUUUUAGAUUCCAAAUUGAACCUAGGAGAAAUGGGAAUCAUUGCACUUAUUUUCAGUGCCACACUAGUUUGCUUUGCAUGUAUUAUUUACUCAUAUGUCCACAUAUUUUCCAUUGUCCACAGAACCUCCUCUUCAGAGGGUAGGAGCAAAGCCCUUUCCACAUGCACCCCCCACCUGAUUGUUGUGACCUUGUUUAUCCUAACCGCUUCUUUGGACUACCUGAAGCCACCCUCUAACUCGAGGUCCGUUAUAGAUCUCAUUUUGUCUGUAUUUUACACUGUAUUGCCCCCAACACUGAACCCCAUCAUAUAUAGUCUUAGAAACAAGGAAAUAAAAGCAGCUCUUGGGAAAGUGCUGGCCAUGCAGGUAUUUAAAUUGAAUUGA